AUGACCGACAUCACAAUCACCGGCUUCAGAUCCCGCGAUGUGCGCUUCCCGACGUCACUCGACAAGACCGGCUCCGACGCCAUGAAUGCCGCCGGCGACUACUCCGCCGCGUACUGCAUUCUCGAAACCGACUCUGAAUACACCGGCCAUGGCAUGACCUUCACCAUCGGCCGCGGCAACGACAUCGUCUGCGCCGCCAUCCACCAGGUCGCCGACCGCCUGCGCGGCAAGACGCUCGCCUCGCUCGUCGCCGACUGGGGCGCCACCUGGCGAUAUCUCGUCUCCGACAGCCAGCUACGCUGGAUCGGCCCGGAGAAGGGCGUCAUCCACCUCGCCCUCGGCGCCGUCGUCAACGCCGCCUGGGAUCUCUGGGCCAAGGUCCUCGGCAAGCCCGUGUGGCGCGUCAUCGCCGACAUGACCCCCGAGGAGUACGUCCGGUGCAUCGACUUUCGCUACAUCACCGACGCCGUCACCCCCGAGGAAGCGCUCGCCAUCCUGCGCGAUGCGGAGCCGGGCAAGGCGGAGCGUAUCAAGGAGGCGCUGGCGGACCGCGCGGUGCCCGCGUACACGACGAGCGCCGGCUGGCUCGGCUACGACGAGGAGCGGAUGAAGCGGCUGCUGCGGGAGACGCUGGCGGCCGGAUACCGCCACUUCAAGCUCAAGGUCGGCGGCGGCGUCGCGGAGGACCGCCGACGUCUGGCGAUUGCACGCGAGGUCAUCGGCUACGACCGCGGCAACGUACUCAUGGUCGACGCCAACCAGGUGUGGUCCGUCCCCGAGGCCAUCUCCUACAUGCAGCAGCUCCGCGACUUCCGGCCCUGGUUCAUCGAGGAGCCGACCUCGCCGGACGACAUCCUCGGCCACCGCACGAUCCGCGACGCCCUGAAGCCGCACGGCAUCGGCGUCGCGACGGGCGAGAUGUGCCAGAACCGGGUCGUCUUCAAGCAGCUCCUGCAGAGCGGCGCGAUCGACGUGUGCCAGGUGGACGCGUGCCGGCUGGGCGGCGUCAACGAGGUGCUGGCGGUGCUGCUGAUGGCGAGGAAGUUUGGGGUGCCGGUGGUGCCGCACUCGGGGGGCGUCGGGCUGCCGGAGUACACGCAGCACCUCAGCACGGUGGACUAUGUGGUGGUCAGUGGCAAGCAUUCGGUGCUCGAGUACGUGGACCACCUGCACGAGCACUUUUUGCACCCGUCGGCGGUGGUGGACGGGUAUUACCGCACGCCGACGGAGCCCGGGUACAGCGUGGAGAUGAAGGCGGAGAGCAUGGACAGGUUCGCGUUUCCGGGGGAGCAGGGCGUGAGCUGGUGGACGAGCGAGGAGGCGAGGCCGAUCCUGGAUGGCGACAAGGUUUAG